AUGACAGAAGAAAAAUGUAUUUUUAUUAUUCUCCCUGAUGUCACUAAUAAUUUUAAAGAUGAUGAAGUUAUAGAAAAAUUAGAGGAAAAAGAUUUUAUAAUAUUAAAGAAAAAAAAAGUACACUUAACAAAGUUUGAUGUUAGAGAAAUAUUUACUUACAAGCCUGAGCAAUAUAAUAGUAUAGACGCCUUUUAUGAAUAUAUAGAAAGUGGAUUGUGUGUUAUUUGCUUAGUAGAGAAUAAAAAUGGAGACACAAGAGCAAAAUUAAACCAUUUAAUAAAGAAUAAGUCGAUACUCAUAAAGGAUGAGUCAUAUUUCGAAUGCUUAGAAUACCAGUGCAAUUUACAAUACAAAGACAUCCCAUUUUAUUUCAGCAAAAAUGAAUGGUACUUUAUUCGAGACAUAAAUUAUUUUUUUCCUUCCCUCGAUAAAACUAAUUUAGAGAGAAAUUUAAUAAUAAUAAAACCUGAUGUUAUAGAGCAAAACAAAAUAAGCGAUGUAAUAAAUGACAUACUGAAUUUUAACUUAUUAAUUGUUUCUGUAAAGAGAGAAACAUUAUCUAUUGAAAAAGCAAAGGAAAUUUAUGAGCAUUCAGUGGAUAAGCCAUACUAUAGCAGUUUGAUAGAUUUUAUGACUUCCGACAAGGGAAUAGUGUGCCUUGCUGUGGAGGGAACAAACUGUGUAAGCCGUUCUCGAAUACUAUGUGGGCCAUCCUUGUCAAUGAUGGGUUUUGAAAAUAUUCCGAUUGGAUGUCUAAAAAGGAAAUAUGGUACCGACGAAGUUAGGACCGCAGUGCAUCUCCCUGAUGAGGAUAGAAUAGACAAAGAGAUAAACAUGUUUUUUUCAAAGAGCCAAUUUAAAAAUGAAAAUGCAAUUUUAGUAAUAAAAAAAAGUGUAAUGAAACCUGAGAAUUUAACAAUACUAAGAAUGUAUUUAAAGGAAUAUGGGUUUAAUAUCUUAGAAGAAAAAAUAGUACCUACAAAUGAAAACAUUUUAAAUGAAUUACAAAAAGAAGGAAUAAAUGAAAUAAUAAAUUGGGAUAAAGAAAAAUUUAUGAUAAUUAUAAUUUUAUCUAGAAUAAAUUGUAUUACUAGUUUAUUUUAUUUGAUGGGUUCAAAAAGUGUAAAUGAAUCGAAAACAAAAAGACCAAAUAGUAUUAGAAGUAUAUUUUGUAUAAAUAACGAUGACAUAAUAUUAGUAAAAAAUAUAAAUAAUAUAAAAAUAUUAACAAAAAAAUAUUUUAAUAAUGGACAAUAUAAUAAUAUAAUUACAGUAGAUCAAAUAAAUAACUUUUUUUUUUAUAAAAAUUUUAAUUAUUUAAAAAAUGAAGAAAAUAAUAUAAAGUUGAAAACUAUUUUGGUUGAAUGUUUUCAAAAUUUAUGUCAAGAAAAACCAGAUCCAAAUAUUGCAAACUUAUGGAUAAAUCAAUGGAUAGACAAAUACAUGAAUAUAGACAUAAGACAGUUUAAUGAAAAUGUAAAAAAUGAGGGUGAACCUUGUGAUAAUAUAAAGCCAAAAUGGGGAAAGAAGGAAAAAAAAAAUAUAAAAAAAAAUAAAAAUUUUAUAAUUAUACCAAAUAUAAAUGAAGAAAAUGAGAUAGUAAAAUAUUUUGAAAAAAUAAAUUAUAUCAAUUUAAAUCUUAAUGAGUUAUGUAAUAAAGAAGAAAAGAAUAAUUCAUUGCUUGGAAAAAAAAUUGAGUUUACAAAAAAAAAAUAUAAAAAUUUAACAGUAGAAUUAAUAAAAAGGAUUUUAAAAGAAACUUUAGAAAAAAAUAAAUCUUACAAUAAAUAUAUUUUAACAAACUUUUCCCAUAUUAUUGAUUUAUCAAAAUUAAUACAAACUGAUAUUAUUCCUGAUUCGUAUUGUCUACUUUCAAAUUCAGAGAAUGCCUUACCUAUUAAUGAGACUGGUUUAGGGGAGGAAGGAAAAAAAGCUAGCUCAGAAAUAGAUAUCAAUAAAAAUGAUGAGUAUAAAAACUUUCUUUUAUUUUUGAAAAACAAAGAUAUGAAUGGGAUUGGGGAGUUUAAUUGUAAUUCUAUAGGUCACACAUUUUUAAAUAAAGGUAAAAUAUUUAUAUAUAGAAAUAAAGACAAUUAUUUUUACGAGUUUAAAAAGAAAUUUAAAAAUAAUAUAAUAAUAUUUUUUGGUGUUAAAACGAAGAAGAUGCAAAAUAUGAUCAAUUUCUUUAUUGACAAUUAUAAUUAUAUUUAUAUAAAUCAUUUGUCUUUGUUAAAUAGUAAAGAUAGAUGUACAAAAAUGAGAGGAAAUAAAGAGAACCAUUAUGAUUCUAUAACUGAUGACGAACAGGAUCUAGAUGUAGAUGUAGAUCCAGAUGAAGAUGAAGAAUUUUCAUCUGGUGCUUAUUCUCCCGGUUUUUCGUCUCUUAUUUAUUCAAAUAUUAUUGAAAAAAUUAUUAGAUUGCAAAAUAAUAAUUAUAAAAAUAUUAUUUUGUGUAAUCCACCAAUAAAUGAAAAAUAUAUUAAUUUAGUUAGACAAAAAACAAACUCAAAUAUAACAUACUUUUAUUUUAAGUGUAAUAUGGAUAUACAUUUUAAAGAGAUAUAUAAUAAAGAAAAAAAUGAUGAACAGUUUGUGGAAGAAAUAAAUGAAAAACCAAGCUUAGAUAAUAAUUGUAAACUUAUACAAAGUCAUAUAUAUUAUCAAAAUAAAAUAAUUGAAAAUUUACAAGAUAAACCAUAUUUUUAUAAAUUCAAUUUAAAUGAAAAAGAAAAUGAUACACCACAAGAUUGUAAUAAAUAUUUAUAUAACAUUUUUGAUGUUUUAAAAAAAAAAAUUAUAUUAAUAUGUAAUACAACAAAUAUAGAUACAAGUUUUGUUGGAUUAUAUUUACAAUAUAAAUAUCCAGACAUAAUGUUUUGCGACCUAAAUAAUAUAAAUGAAACAAAUGAAAUCACUAACAAAAAUAAUACAAGAAGAAUUAUUGAUGAAGUAUUUCACGAUUUUAAUAAUGAGCAUAAAGAAUAUGAAAAUAAAUCAGUAUUAAUAAAUAUAAUAAUAAAUAAGAUGCUUCAUGUUUGCUCCCAAAUAAAUUCUAGUUAUUUCAUUUUUUCUGGAUUUCCUACUAAUUUAAAAUUAAAAGAUUUACAAAAAUUGGAUUUUUUUUUUGAUAUAAAAUUGUGUAUAUUUAUAGGAAAUAAUAUUUCAUAUUUGUCAUCUUUAGAGUUUUCAAAAAGUGUAAAAGAAUCAUUUAGUUCGAUUUUUUAUUACUUUCAAAGUAUGGGCACACUCCUAACAUUGGAUUUGAAUGAGAAGUUUAAAACAGAUGUAGCUAUACCUGUUGAAGCGGAUCAAACUAAUGCAGACGAGUUAAAAGUGGAGAACUGUCUAGAUCAAAAUCUGAGAGAAGUGACAGAAGUAAACAAUAGAUCCAAUCCAACGGGUUCAUUUUUAGAUGCAAAUUUUAUAAACGUAGAGAGUAAGACCCAACUUAGUGAUGAUGUAAAGAUAGAAAUUUUGAUGAAAAUCGAAAAAAAGAUAAAACCAAAAUUAAUUAUUUAUAAUUGUCCAGAUAAAUAUGAUUUAACAAAAUAUUUGAAAGAAAAAAAUAAUAAUAAAAAUAAAUUAUAUCAAUACAUAUUUUAUGAAGACAUUUUUAAAGAUGUACAUACAUCUAUUGUAGAAAAUGAAUCAGAAGAAUAUUUAUCAAAAUUAUUAAAACAAAAAAAAGAUCAAAUAAAAAUUGAAGUCUAUAUAAAAUAUUUAAAACAAAAAUUAAGAAAUUCUACUGACUACUUAUUUUCUAAUAUAGUUUUACUUAACCCUCCGAAAGGGGAAGAGAAAGAAGUAGAAGCAGAAGUAGAAGCAGAACCGAAUGAAUGGAAUGGAAUAGACGACAUUUACAACCUGAUUGAACUAAAGAAGAUUGUACAUUUUAUUUAUUUCAAAAAAGUUGAGGAAUUACAAAAAGGGGAAAAAAUAAGUUUAUCAAUUUUAAAUGAUUAUAAAAUAUUAAGUCAAGAUGGUUUGAAAAAUGGAGCAGAUACUGUACCUAACGAAAUAGCUGAAGUAGAUAUGGAUUUUAAAAACGAAGGAAUAAAAUUAGGAGACAGUUUAAAUUUUCGUAGUUGUAUAGAAUAUAAUGAGGAUAGAAACGGAUUUGAAGAUUUGUUAGAUGGAGAGGUAACAAAAUCAAGUGCAGCAGAUCAGGAUAAUAAACAGGAAAGUGAUACAGACCAGGAUAAUAAAGAGCAAAGUGAUACAGACCAAGAAAAUAAAGAGCAAAGCGAUACAGAAAAAGAGGAAGAAACAAGUGUAAUAGAUAUAAAUCAUGAAGAAAAAAAUGAUAAAAAUAUAAAAAGGCCAAAAGACGAUGAUGAAUGGAAGUGUAACAAAGAGAGUGAAAAUAAUAUAAAUUCAAUUUUAAGUAAAUAUCCAAAUGUAGAAUAUAGUUGUAUAUAUUUAAACAGAAAUAUACCAAAUAAUUGUGAGAAUAUAUUUUGUCCUAAAAUUAUUAUUUUGUUUAUACCUCAAAAUAUUUAUUUACAAUUUUAUAUGUCAUUUAUGAUCUGCUCAGUUUUAAAAAAUAUAAUUUCCAUUAAUAUGAAAAAUAUAUAUGAUAUAAAAUAUGUGAAGGAAAAAAUAAAAAAAGGAAUUAGAGAAGGAAGAAAGAAAAAUGAAACAAAUGAAAUUAUGAAUUUUAUAAAUAUAGAAAAGCAAGGGUUGGAAAACAGCACAAUAAACAAUCUCAAUAAUUGUGUAGAAAUAAAAACAAUGUUUGAAACAAUAAUUAAUAAAAUAAAAAAUACAGAUAAUAAUAUAUUAUUAACUGGGUUUCCAAUUGUUCAAAAUAAAUAUAAUAUUAGUGAUUAUUUUUAUCAAUUAAAUUUUUUAAAAGAUUUUAAAAUCGAUGGAAUUAUUUCUCUUUAUUUUGAUUCUCUAUACUUAGACAAUUUAACUAGUCAUGGAAAUAUUUCUCUAAAUGAAUAUACAAAAAUGACAGAAUUUAUUAAAAAGGAAUUUACAUGUAAACAUAAAUUAUAUUUUAAAACUAUAAACACCCAAAAUGACAUAAAUAAUGUUCUUACAAAUAUUUCCCAAAUGUUUCAAUCUCCUUAA